AUGCUCUCGUUCCAAGAGAUCGCGUUUAAGGCGGAGUUGGACCGACACGAACAUCCUACCCAAGAGUUCGCCGAGCAAGCUCUCUUGCUAUGCGACGAGGACCCGGCUACAAGAGCUAGAGUUAUAGAGGAGUUCAGAAACAUGAUAUUUGAGAGGGGCGAAUGCAAGCCGCACCGUUUGGACGAUGCUUACUUGCUGCGCUUUUUGAGAGCACGUCGCUUUGUGCCGGCGCGUGCACACCGAUUGCUAGUCCGGUACUGCACAUUCCGAGAACAGAACCCGCAGCUGUGGCGUGACGUGUACUGGUAUGGACUGGCGCGCCUCGGCAAUGUGUUCGAGGGAGUCCUGUUCGACAGACCGGAUGUCGGCAGGCUAAUUAUAUGUAGAAUAGGUUUGUGGGACCCGGACAUAUUGCCGGCGGAGGAGCUGAUCCGUGGCUGUUUGCUGCUUCUGGAGGUAGGCAUUAUGCAGCCCAAGCUGCAGGUGCUAGGCGGCACCGCCAUGGUGGACUGCGAGGGCAUUACCAUGAGGCACAUGCGCCAACUCUCACCAGCUUUAGCUGUACAGGCAAUGAAUGUUAUGGGGUUUGCGUUCCCUCUGCAUCAGCGUGGUGUCCACGUCGUGAACUGCUCCAGAGUCUUCGAGGCACUGUUUCAUCUGUUCAGGCGCUUCGCUCCGACCGACGAACUCUGGAAGAAAGUCCACUUCCAUGGAUAUGAUUACAGUUCUUUACAUAGGUACAUAGACCCGGAAUGUCUUCCCAGAAGAUACGGAGGCUACAGGCAAGAGGUGUCACUCAGCGAGUGGCUGACCAAGAUCAGACACUACAGGAACCAGCAGUUCGACGAAGAUAUGAGAAGAUUAGGAUAUGCUGUCGAUUAA